GCCCGAAGUGCAGAAAAGGCAAUGACUGCUCUCGCUCGGUGGCGUGCCGCCUACGUUGACAAGAUCAACGAAAUCAAAAAGCGGCCACACUUUGCAGGAGAUUGUGAAAUUUUGAAAGAUGCAAUGUAUUUUCGCCGUCAGAUUGUGCAUGAGAUCUCGCGCAAGAUAGCACAGAUCCAAAAUCCCAGUCUUGGUGAAUACAAACUGCGUGACCUUAACGAUGAAAUCAAUAAGUUGAUUCGUGAAAAAGACCGGUGGGACACCCGAAUUAAGGAGUUAGGGGGACCGGAUUACAAGGCUGAUGGCCCUCGAUUGUUGGAGAAAGAUGGCAGAGAAGCCCCGGGUAACAGAGGUUAUCGCUACUUCGGUGCUGCGCGUGACCUACCUGGUGUAAGAGAACUGUUUGAAGAUCAGCCUCAACCCAUCCCCAGGAAAACGCGUGGUGAAUUAAUGAAGGCUGUCGAUAUUUCGUAUUAUGGAAACUGUGAUGAGGAUGAUGGGGUUAUCUUACCACAGGAAGCCGCUUAUGAGGAGAAAUUGAUGGCGAAGAAAGCGGAAGUGUGGCGUAGACGACACGCCGACGAAAUCGCAGGCCGGAAGGCCGCCUACUACAAAACGCCAGAACAACUGGCAGACGAGGCUGAGCCAGCCGAUACGGAGCUGUUGAAGUUGUACGCGGAGAUUGAAAAGGACGCGCACGCUCAGCGGAUGCUUGAGUCCGAGGGGACGGUACACGCCUCCCUCGCAAUGGCCUUGAGUUCCGUCGACCCCAGUGAAGAGGAGAGGGAGCUGACGUUGGAGGAGCUGCUGGCCAAGACCGGUGCGCGACCCCCGGGCCACUUGAAACGCGCUUUUGUCGCUCACACCGCCGUUCCCAGUCAGAAGGAGAUUGAGGAGGCGUUGGUAGAGAAACGGAAGCGUGAGCUACUGGAGCAGUAUAUGACUCCAGAGUUCCUGGCGAGUGUUCAAGACACCGGCAAGCUUCUUGGUGUGGAUAAGCCGAAAUCCGUCGCUAAUCCUGACGUUGAGGUGGAGGAGGAAGAAGGAGACGAGGAGGAGGCAGUGCCGGAGGUUGUUGCUGAUGCAGAACAGAAUUCGUCUGAAACACCAGACCCCACUGUACAUGCUGUAUGA